UGCAGUGCAUCAUGACACUUCUGCUGAUCUCAAAGUGGUUGGGAGCAAACUAAAGGAUAUCUUGGAGAUACCUAAUUCUUCCUUAAAAAUGAGGAAAAUGAUUGUGGAAAUAUGUGACAUUGUUGCCACUCGUGGGGCACGUCUUUCAGCUGCUGGGAUCUUAGGAAUUCUCAGAAAACUGGAACGAGAUACUGUAAAAGAGGGUGAGAAGCAGAGGUCAGUGAUUGCGUUGGAUGGCGGAUUGUUUGAGCACUAUUCUGAAUUCAGGAAUUGUCUGAAAAAUACUCUUAAAGAGCUCCUGGGGGAGGAGGUUUCAGAGAGCGUUAACAUUGAGCUUUCCAAAGAUGGCUCUGGCAUUGGAGCUGCACUCAUUGCAGCCUCUCAUUCCCAGUACCUUGAAACCGAGGAGUCCUGAUACCGGUCAGAGUAAGGUUUGACCAUCUGCUGCGAGAAGCUUCGCAUUUUAAGUGUUAUUUACUGUAUCCCCCUCAUCUUUGCUUCAUAGAAAUGAUUAGUCUUUUUCGCCUCCUAGUUCCGGUCAUCAUUCCCACAUAUACUUGAUUUAUGCUCUUCUGGUAUUGAAGAAGUCUUUGGGCACUAGUGUGAGAUCAUUUUGUGAUAAAAUAGAGAAUAAAGUUGGGGAUUCGGAUUAUUUGCCUCUUCCUAUUAGUUAGUUGUCUUAUGAAUCUUCUCUUCUGAUCAUAAUAAGAAUCGGAAUUGAUGUGCAUGUGAUGUGUACUUUGAAAGGUUGAAUGCUUCAUGUAUUAGAAACAAUUCUCUACUA